AUGGCUGCUAAAAGUGUACACCUAGCGAAGGUUUACGAGCUAUGGCAGCGCUUAGAACAAGGAAAAACGACAGGUAGCUAUGAGCUAGAUGGGAACAGUCUACACAUUGGUGAUGUUGUCGCUACUGCCCAUCACGGCUGCCGACCACAGCUAUCGCAAGAUCCCGAGGUCCUCAAGGGGUUACAGGAUAGCGUAGAUGUUCUCUACGACCAUUUAGCUAAAGGAUGGUACAUCUAUGGGGUGAACACGGGGUUUGGAGGGAGUGCAGACGUUCGGACCAAGGAGUUUGCUAAGCUUCAGGCGUCGCUGAUGCAGCAUACACAGAGCGGUAUUCUGUCUUUUGCACCUGAUGGUGUGAUUCCAGGACACGCAAUGCCGUCCGCAUGGGUGCGUGCUGCGAUGGUUAUUCGAUGCAACUCAACACUCCGAGGCCAUUCCGCCACCUCCUUUCCAAUCAUCAAGGCAAUGGCCAGCUUGUUGGAACACAAGCUUACCCCCAUUGUCCCACUUCGCGGUUCUGUAUCCGCUUCAGGAGACCUAAUGCCCCUAGCCUAUGUGGCCGGGAGCCUCGAGGGGAACCCUGACAUCUUGUUGGAGAAGAAUGGUGAAGUGCGGCCGUCAGAUCAGACCCUGGCGGAAGCUGGGCUUCCAGCCGUGGUGUUAGGGCCAAAAGAAGGGCUGAGCUUAAUCAACGGGACAUCGUCCUCUGCUGGUUUGGCAGCACUUGUGAUCGCUGAUGCGCACCAGCUCGCCCUGCUUGCCCAGGUACUGACUGGAGCCGCGGUAGAAGCACUUCGUGGGAGUUCAGAGAGCUUUCAUCCUUUCAUCGCAGAAACACGACCGCAUCCUGGCCAGAUUGAGUGUGCCCGCAAUAUCCAUUUCUUCCUGCGUGGCUCCCAUCUAGCACGAGAUGUGCAGACCCCAAAGGACCGGCGUCGUGAGGACUUGGUUCAGGACCGCUACUCCCUCCGUAGCGGCCCGCAAUGGAUCGGGCCGCAGUUGGAAGAUUUGAUGCUUGCAGAUCGUCAAAUCACCAUAGAGCUAAACUCAUCGUGUGACAACCCGCUUGUUGACAGUUCCACUCAUGAUAUCUACUACGGUUGCAAUUUCCAGGCGGCGGUGGUAACAUCUGCCAUGGAGAAAGUCCGACUCGCCUUGCAGAUGCUCGGUCGUAUUCUCUUCGCGCAAAGCACUGAAAUGAUUGAUCCUCACUUGAGCGGUGGAUUGCCUGCCAACCUGGCGGCAGACAACCCAAGCCUCUCAUUCACGAUGAAGGGUGUGGACGUCAACAUGGCAGCCUAUAUGGCGGAGCUGUCCUACCUCGCCGACCCGAUGAGUUCUCAUGUCCAGGCAGCCGAAAUGCAUAACCAGUCAAUCAACUCCAUGGCCCUUGCUUCGGCCCGUAUCAGCGCAGACGUCGUGGAGGUUAUGAACAAGAUGAGCGCAUGCAGCGUGUAUGUGGUGUGCCAAGCAUUAGAUCUCCGUGCUCUCCAUAUGAGAUUUGUUGCCAAAGCUGUGGACGCCGUCUCUGCAACCACAGUGCUCUUGUUUAAAGCGAUAUUGGAUCCCGAACAGCUAGAGUCUCUACAGAGGGGAUUAUACAUCCACAUGGGCCCUGCAUGGAGCACGACAGGAAAGCUUGAUCUCCGGGCUCGCUGUGAGUCGCUUGUCCGAUCUGCCUUACCCAUUGUUGCUGCGUAUCUCAGGACUCGUAAUGUCGAUAUUCUCGAAUGGCAACAUCAGGCCACCGAAAUGGUCUGGAAUACCUGGAAUGAAACAUUUAGUGCCUUUGUUGCCGACCCCCACACAGUGUCUCUUCUUGGAAAGGGUUCGCAGACACUGUAUCAAUUUGUCCGCAUCAAGCUGGGGGUGCCAUUCCACCAGGGUUUUGUUGAGCACCCUACCCAUGAUGACCGCACGCUAAACGGGCGGCCAAAGAAAAUAGUGGGUGGGUGGAUAUCCAUCAUCCAUGAGAGCAUACAGAAUGGUUCCCUGUAUAGCGAGAUAAUCACCAUGGCAGAGAGAGGCUUGUUGGAAGAAGAAAUUAGUAAGAAUGGCAAGGAAAAUGGAUAUUCCAAUGGACAUGCUCAUGGGCAUACCGAUGAGCAUAGAACUGGGUAG